GAUCCUGUUCCUUGUGUAUCUAGGGUUUUCGGUCACUGAACUUUCGCCGAUGAUUUUCUCUCAUACGGACGCGUGACCUGACCUCGCUGUCUAACUUAAUUUUCGACGAUUCAUCUCCGAUUCGCUUCCUUGGGCAUCUCAAGGAAUUCAAGUUUCUCUACUUUGAGAUUCUGGUUUUGUAAGUUUGCUGCCUCCUCCUACGAAAAAUCUUGCAAUUUCCGAUUUCUGUAUUGUGAUUUUCAUUUUCUUUCUAAAUUGUAAUUUCUGUGGUUUGGCAUUUGAAUCUUCCGUGUGUGGGGAAGUGGGAAGGGGGGUUGUAUUUUCACUUUUAUAUUUAUGGGGAAAUCCGGGACUCGGAAGAAGAAGGGCGGUUCUAAUCAUGCUUCUUCGGGUGUUAAUUCAACUCCAAAUGCUAAUGGGGGUGUUGAUUUGGAUUCUUCCAUCUUUCUGAAAAGAGCCCAUGAGUUGAAAGAAGAGGGGAAUGUAAGGUUUCAGAAUAAGGAUUAUGUUGGUGCUCUUGAGCAGUAUGAAAGUGCACUGCGUCUUACCCCCAAAACCCACCCUGAUCGAGCUGUGUUUCAUAGCAAUAGAGCCGCUUGUUUGAUGCAAACGAAGCCAAUUGAUUAUGAUGCUGUUAUUGCCGAGUGUACCAUGGCCCUCCAGGUCCAGCCCCGAUUUGUUCGCGCUCUCCUUCGGAGGGCUCGUGCAUUUGAGGCCAUUGGGAAGUAUGAAAUGGCUAUUCUGGACGUGCAGGCCUUGUUGGUUGCCGAUCCUAACCACCGAGAUGCUCUUGAGAUUGCCCAGCNGUUGAGGGCUGCUGUGGGACCUCGCCAGGAGGCGCAACAGGACCUUCAGAGCCGCCCAUCGCCUGCUGCUCUUGGUGCCUCAGCUGUUGGUGCUCCCAUUGCAGGCUUAGGUCCAUGUUUGCCUGCCCGACCAGUUCAGAAGAAGGCAGCAACUUCAAUUGGGGGGCCUACGGUACUGCUAAAUAGUAAACUGGAGAAGCAUCAAGGGGUUCUAACUACUGAAAAUGGCCCAACUGAACCCAAAUUUCAAUUUCCCAAAGUAGUCUUGAAGCCUUCCAGUGGACCUUCAAAGGCUCCAAAUGUAAGCGACGAUAAAUCGAAGGUAGAUUCAUUUUCCUUAUUGUCGUCACAUGCUCAUAGUCGACACCAAGAGCCUAAGGUUCAGUCGAGGCCUUUGAAGCUUGUCUAUGACCAUGACAUAAGGCUUGCAACGAUGCCAGUGAAUUGCAGAUUUAAAGUCCUUAGAGAGAUUGUGAGCAAGCGUUUCCCGUCAUCAAAAUCUGUUUUGAUUAAGUAUAAGGAUACAGAUGGUGAUCUGGUGACAAUAACCUGUACAAGUGAACUUAAACUGGCGGAGCUUUGUGCAGAUAGCCUUGUUCCUAAGGACCCUGAAGUAGAUAAAUCUGCUUCAAUUGGAAUUCUUAGAUUGCAUGUUGUGGAGGUGAGUCCCGAACAAGAGCCACCUUUGUUGGAAGAAGAGGAUGAGAAACCUGUCGAGAGUGAAGAAUCUAAGGGAGGUGGCAGUGGGCAUGUUUCACCUCUUGGGGAGUCUGUGGCAGGAGCUACUGAUUCUGAAAAUGAUAAGAUAGAGAAAGUUGUUCUGAAGGAGAAACCAGGAGCUUUGGAAGAUCCCGAGUGCAAGGAAAUUGAGAUGGAUGAUUGGUUAUUUGAAUUUGCCCAGAUUUUUAGAACCCAUGUUGGUAUUGAUCCAGAUGCUCAUGUAGAUUUGCACGAGCUUGGAAUGGAGCUCUGCUCCGAGGCUCUUGAGGAGACAGUAACUAGUGAAGAAGCUCAGAAUCUUUUUAACAAGGCAGCAUCGAAAUUCCAGGAGGUUGCUGCUUUAGCUUUCUUCAACUGGGGCAAUGUUCAUAUGUGUGCAGCAAGGAAACGCAUUCCUCUAGAUGAGUCAUCUGGAAAGGACAUCGUGGCAGAGCAGCUUCAAACGGCGUAUGAAUGGGUGAAGGAGAAGUACACCCUAGCAAGAGAGAAAUAUGAAGAGGCACUUUUGAUUAAGCCUGACUUUUAUGAAGGUCUAUUGGCCCUUGGCCAACAGCAAUUUGAAAUGGCUAAACUUCACUGGUCCUUUGCACUAGCUAAGAAAAUAGAUCUAUCAAGUUGGGACUUUACAGAAACACUUGACCUUUUUGACAGUGCAGAGGAGAAGAUGAAAGUAGCGACCGAGAUGUGGGAAAAAUUGGAGGAGCAGAGGGCAAAUGAGCUAAAAGAUCCAACCGCAUGCAAGAGGGAAGAACUAUUGAAGCGACGAAAGAAACAAGCAGGUGGUGGCACAGACAGUGAAGUGCAGGGAAUAGGUGGUCAGCUUGAGGUUUCUGCGAAUGAAGCUGCAGAGCAAGCAGCACUGAUGAAGUCUCAAAUCCAUCUAUUCUGGGGCAACAUGCUCUUUGAAAGGUCCCAAGUUGAAUGUAAAAUAGGGACCGGGGAUUGGAAGAAGAACCUCGAUGCUGCUGUAGAGCGUUUCCGACUUGCUGGCGCUUCUGAGGCUGACAUUUCAGUUGUUUUGAAGAAUCAUUGUUCUAAUGAAAAUGCUGCAGAAGGAGACGAUAAGAAGAGUCUAAAUGUAAAUGGCAGUGUGAAUCCUGAAAAAGAAGAUAUCAUAAAUGAGGCCGAUCAAGCAUCAGGGUAGUGAGUGAAAUGAUGUUACCAUCACAUUAUAUAACCACAGUGUUCGAACACACCCAAAACUGAUUGCUAAACUUCAUUACAACGAACCGAAGAAAAGAAACGACAUAUCGUCUCAGCCAGGCGACUCCUUUCGGAUUGACGCAUUGGAUGCCAACACACUUUGCAGCAAUGUAGUUCAUUCAUCAUUGGGGGCAGGUUAUGAGUUCUGAGUGGUAACUUUCUUCAUGAUUUCACAAGUUUUCAAGUAAUUUGUCUGCCAGAUUGAUGAUUUUUAUCUUGAAGAAACAAACUCAUAUACUGGUUUUGCCUCAUAACUUAUUCAAGAUUGUGGUGAGCAUUUGUUGUUGCAUAUCCCCCCCCAAUAUUCUUAAUGAACAUGUCAUGCCAUAGUAAUAUCAUAACAAUUGUGGCUGGAACUGGAAGGAGAGAUGAUUUUGGUUUACUUUAUGAGGCUUUUCAUGUCAGACAAUAUAUGUAAAAGCUUCGGCUCUAGUGUUUUGUUUUG